AUGAAAUUGCCGUUUCUGGCGCCAACGAUCGGCAGCGAUCUGCAAAUCAAGAUCGCAACGGGCUUCUUCUUGUUCAUCGUCUUCCUCAAUACCAUCGCAAUGGGCUACCAAGCCCGGUUGAUAUUCCCGCCUAAACCAGUAGAAAAGGCUUACACGUACGAAGGCCACGACUACCCAAGAGAGCUCCACCUCGAUCUUGGCGCGCCAGUGGCGCUUACUGUGGACGAUACAGAGCACCUUCAAAUUGCCACACCAGAAGCAGAGGCAGAAUGGUAUUCGAUAAUGCCCCCAGGAUACGGGUUCAUCCAUCUUGGACCGAAUAAGCGGCGGUUUGCGACGAGUAUGUUCCAUCAGAUUCACUGCCUAAAUGUAAUUCGAAAUGCAAUCUUAGCCGGGGCGAGCGGGGACCAUGUCCAUCACUGCUUCAACUACCUACGACAGAUGGCACUGUGCCACGCCGAUCUUACCCUGGAAGAGGGUGUGCCAGAGCUGGGGAUCGACCCGACUGGGGAGCUGCCCGUCAACGGAGUUGGCAUCACACACACGUGCAAGGACUGGAGCAAGGUGUAUACGCAUCUGGCAGAUGAGUAUUAUAAUUUCAAUGAGUGGAGGAAAACGCACAAUGUCACGUCGUUCUAG